UAAUUUCAACUAUAUUAGUAGAUAUUGUUAUCAGGUGUUUAAAAAGAAUGUGGUCAUCUUGUGUGACAUUUGUGUUCUUAAAUUGUUGCUCUGCUUAUAACCUUUUUUACAAUGUACUCAUCAGUUCUACACUCGCAGCCAAAAUCUAUAGUGGGAACUCCUGCAUACAUUGCUCAUGAGGUUCUUCUGAAGAAGGAAUACAAUGGAAAGGUUGCUGAUGUGUGGUCAUGUGGAGUGACGCCAUACGUGAUGCUGACGAUCACCAUCCCUGAGAUAAGAAACCAUCCAUGGUUCUUGAAAAACCUCCUAGCUGACCAAAUGGAUGACAAUACGAUGAGUAAGCAGUACGAGGAGCCUGAACAACCGAUGCAGAGCAUGAAUGAGUUCAUGUAGAUCCUGGUUGAGGCGACCAUUCCAGCAGUUGGUUCACGUGGACUCAAUCAGUUUCUGAAUGAUGACAUUGACCUCGACGAUGACAUGGAGGACCUAGACUCAGAUGCCGGUCUUGACCUGGAAAGCAGUGGGGAGAUCGUGUAUGCUAUUUGACAACAUUGAAUACUUUGUUGUGUCGCAGGUUACCAAGAUAAUUAGAGACAAGGGGCAGGUUGUUGUGCUUGCAAGUAUCUGUUGUAGAUGUUGUUCAUGCCUGAUGCCGAUGCCUCUUUUCAUACUGUUGUGUUUGGAUGGUGUACCACCAGUGUUUUACAACAGUUUGGCCCUUGGAAUUGCUAUUGCUAAAACUUGGUUCCUCUGAGAAGACCUUU